GAACGUUUUCCUUUUAUGUUUAUAAGGCUUGUAUUACAAUUGACAGUAUGUUUCACUCUGUAUUGAGAUGAGUGGUUUUGAAUUACACUCUUCAUGCUUGAAUAAAAUAUCCAAGAAAUUUACACCUAAUAUGUUUAAUAUUAUGUGAUGUUGAGGUAUUAGGCAUUACAUGCAUACGACACUUAAAAUUAGUAACCGGAUUACAUAAUAUGUGUAUGGAACCCUUGACCCGGUUUUUUAAAGACGAAGCUGUCACCCGACAGAUACCGAUUGUAAGGACAAGAUGAAGAGAGGGACUUUAAACUUCGUACUAGGGCUUACCUUUGGUCUAGUUUUUGCGUACUUUGGCAACAUCUACUUAGCAACCUCAGAGGACGAACCCAGUUUCAAGGUUCCAAGAGGCGGGCAUUCGCAUCAUGGAAACGACACAGAGGCAAAAAAACUGUACGAUCAAGUUCGAGUUUUAUGUUGGGUAAUGACAAGUCCCCAGAGUCUAGAGAAAAAAGCCGUUCAUGUGCGUGCCACGUGGGGUCAUAGAUGUAAUAAGCUUAUAUUUAUUAGUUCAGUGACUAAUGCUAGUUUUCCUACGAUCGGAGUUAAUGUUUCUGAGGGUCGCAAGCAUUUGACUGGUAAAACUAUGAAAGCGUUUCAAUAUGUGUUCCACCAUCAUUUCGACGACGCUGAUUGGUUUAUGAAAGCCGAUGACGACACAUACACUAUUUUAGAAAACCUACGUUAUUUCCUCUCAAGCCAAAAUAAAGAUUCGCCAAUUUUUUUCGGUCAUCAUUUUAAGCCAUAUGCUAAACAAGGGUACUUAAGCGGAGGCGCGGGGUACAUAAUCAGUAAAGAGGCGCUAAGGAGAGUUGGCGCUCACGGAACGAAAGCAUCCAUGUGCCGCCAAGAUGGCGGAUAUGAGGACGUUGAAUUUGGCAAGUGUAUGCAGAACUUGGGGGUUAAAGUUGGCAAUUCCACUGACCGGUUCGGUCGAAGUCGAUUCCAUUGUUUUGACCCGGCUACACAUCUGAUUGGCGUCUAUCCGAAGAUGUAUUACACUUUUGACGCACACGGAGCCAAAAAUGAUCGAGAGAGCAUCUCCGACUAUGCAAUAAGCUUCCAUUACGUUCUCCCGGCCAACAUGUACGUACUGGAGUAUUUCGUUUACAAUUUAAGACCGUACGGUAUUCAUUACGAACAUCAAGAUUUAAAUCAGGAAGUGAGGUAAAACUGGAAAUGACGUAGCAGUAAAAGUAAAAUAUUUUUAGGUCAAUGUUUUGUUUUGUUUUUUGUUUUAAUUUUCGAGUGAAUUACAAUAAGUGACUAAUAGUGCAAAAGGCGUUAUGCUUUGGGUCGUGGUUACAUAUAGAAAAUACGUGGCUUUUGUGAUGUGAGGCAUGUGGCUUAAGUGAUAUUACAGUCAGACAUAUGGUUUAUAAUCCCAGAAAAGGCGACUACAAUGGACAAGUGGAUUUUGGUACGUGGAACAUGUGAUUUUUGUGAUUUUACAGUGAAUCACAUGGUGGUGAGGGCUUAGCAAAGGUGACUGUUUGUGUGGACUUCCAGAGUUGUAUAGACAGUCCAUAAGUCAUAUUACAAAUCAGCUAUUGGUUUACAGUGAUUGUUGUUUUUGGAAAUUAGGAAGGUUAUCAAUCUUCAUCGAUACUUCACCGUCUUUUUCAAUCAUUCAUUCAAAGUUAUUGGUUAUCCAGAUCCAUUUUAAUAAUUAUAACACGUAUUAAUAUAGCAAAAAAAGAAAACAGUUGCUCGGGGGAGGAAUUUUUUUAAAUUCGUUGAGUACCGUGGGCGCUUUGAUUCGUAAACUCUAGUAGUCUUGAAUAAUUAAUGAGGCAGUUGCAUUGUUUCCACAAGGUACCAAUGUGGACAAUUGACUAGAAGAAGUAUUCUUGCGAAAUAAUUAAAACAGCUGCUUCGAAGACAACUAAUAAUAAAUGAGUAUUAGUAUAAUAAAAGAAUAUUUAAACAUAUAAACAUGCAAUUUCAUUUGAAGAAGGGCUGUCUCCGCUGCCUGAUGCAUAUUUAUAUAAAAUAUAUAUUAUGAAAUAUGUAUUAUGUCUGCCAAUUUUCUCAAGGCAUGUUUGAAGAAUAACGGAAGAACAACAUGAUUGUCGCUGAUGCAUAUAUGUUUUUAGGAAAAAGGGAUAAAGUAAGGCCGGUGUUAACGUAAAAACUAGAUACUGCAUGCAUUCUGUCCCUAGAUGUGACAUUGAAAAUAUGCCUGCCUGUGAUAUAUUUUUCAUUUCGGAAUAUCAUUUUAUCAUGCAACUCAAUUUUGUUGCAAAGGGACAUUCCGUCUGUAGGGUUAAUGUCUGAGACUGUUCAGUUCCCCUCCGUAUUUUAAAUGGGUCUUAUAAUUUCAUGAGAAAUACCACCAGUUUUAAAACACAUGUAAGUAUAUAUUAAAUAAUUUUGCAAAAGAAAGAUAAGACUGUUACAUAAUAUUUUAUUCUGCUAUUUUUCCUUUCUCUUUCAAAUUUUAAAGGCAUGGUUAUUUUUUACUGUCAGCCUUGUCAGUGUUUUGAAAUGUUUCGAAAAUAUUUAAUAAAUAUGCUUUACGGAGGUUUUAGAGAUUAUUCAGUAAAAUAAAAUUGACAAUUCACUGUUUCAAACAACGGAAAUAUCAAUUUGAUGGUAUUCACUGUUUUGAAAUUAAGUCCGUGUUCACAUCCAAAUGAAACUUCAGCGCGUUCAAGGCUUUGACGCAUUUAAACGACGUCAUUUUCGAACUAACCUUAUGUUGGUAUUUAAUAUCGGCGCACCUUUUUUGUAAAAUGCAAUUCAAUGUCAUGAAGUUUUAUUUUUAAUGCAUAAAAGAAAAAAAAAUCAGUGUAACAUCGCAUUAUUUUUAACCGCGUUGACAGCACAGAAGUGAAAGACAAGGCCUUUCCUAAACUCUUUAUAAUUCUCAGUUAUUGAAUACUUUCUGGCCGUACCCACCACUUUUGUCCUUAUGCUCAAAUUGAAAGAAAGAAAUAAUGUUUAAUUUAGUUUAGUUUCAAACAAUUAAGUAGCAUUUUUGAGUGAUUCAGAUAUCUUAAGAGAUUGAUAUUUUUUACGUGAGAUGAAACUUAAAUGCAUACUUUUAAUACUAAUGAAACCAAGUUUGUAUAUGCUUAAAAAUGACAUUAUCACCAAAACACUAGCAGAAACAUUUUUCUUGACCUCUCUCAGAGGACUCUAUUAAAAUGUUCAAAAAACUAAUAUAGGUCAAAUUUUACCAAUAUGGAGGCGUCUUCGCAUUCAGUCUUUGUAUACCACCUGAUAGAAUGCUUGAAAAUGCUACGUCGGAAGGCAAUAUUUUGCUUUGAAUGAUGAAUUCGAACAAAGAUAACUUUAAUAUUAUCUUCACCAUGUUAAAUGAAACAGUUUCAGAGCGCCCUUUUGGUCUUUUACAAGAGUAUAUUUAGAAUUUAGUUACCUCAACAAACUUCGACAAACUUUUUCACCAAACCGACGCCUAACGGAGCGCUGUCAAAUAGUAUUUGAUACAACUAAUCACCUAAUUAAACUCUGGUAAAAAAAUAAAGUCGGGAUUCUUUAAGCGACAUCGACUGCCCAGUUGACAGUUGAACCUUACUAGAUAUAUUGGUAUCUUAUCAUGUAAUAUUUGUAAAUCUACUAUAUCCCAAACCCUUAAAGUGACACUCUUAUUCAAAAUAAAUAAAUACACAUGCAUAACAAACAUCAAGUUUGACUGAUAAACUUUUAACUGCUCACAAAAUAAUGCAUUUAUGGAAAAUAUAAAUUACUUAUAACAAGAUUAUAACCGUGUAUUUAAUAGCAGAAAGAGCAAAAAUAUAAAAUGAUUGGUGAAUUCUAAAAGAUUUACUGUGGUCUACUAUAGUCUCAUAUGGUAGAAAUGCUGUGUUUUAUGCUCAUUUCUUUCAAAUUGUACUCGGUAUCAUAAGAGAACCAUUGUUUUCGACAUUUAUUCACCCUUUUUGGAAUAUUAAAACAAUAUAAUGAAUUGUGGUUUAUCUUUUUUGGAGUAAGAGUGCAUCUUUAACACAAGCACCACUCAGGAAAUACAACUCAACGAACGCCCAGCACAUAAUAUACUACUUUGUUUGGUUUUACUGUGCCAACUCUUUUACAGUGGCCUAUUUACGGUGCUAACCCUUUUACAUUUGCCUAUUUGGGACACACAUUUUGGGGUCCCAUAUACAUACUACCUUUUGACACAUUUUAAAAUAAAAAAUGUAGGAUAUUUUUUAACUUGUGAGAAAAGAAGACACAUGUGUCAUCUGUUUAUGCAUUUCCUAACUAAUAUUUAUUUAUGCAUUUCUUAACUACCACAACUAUUAAACCGAAUGCUGGAAUCGAACCCGCAUUGAAAUUUUACCACAGCUGAUUUAAACGAGGGCGUAUAUCUCUCGCCCAUAAAGGCAUCUGAUCAAAAACGGUUAUUGAAUUAUAUUUUAAUGUAAUAUGAAAUCAAUAUUGGUAGUUUUUUACCUUUACAUAAUACCGUUAAAUCUAUUUUAAGAUUAAUUCAGAACACUGAUCAAUUUAUUUUUUAUUACAGCUUUUUCAUUCAUUCAUGCUAUUGUGCAAUUUAAUUUCUCAUAAAUGAAAAUGCGACACCGAAGUCAUUUGUUCAUACACUGAUAAUGUAGUAAAAAAAUGAUCGGUGACAGUGCUCAAAUAAAUACUUGUAUUGGAUUUGAUACACUUUUAUUCGACUUUGUUAUGAUGCAAUGUUUGGAAUAAAUGCUUAUAUUUUUCAA